AUGUGCGUACACGAUUUACACGGCUUCGGAACGUUCAGAUACAGAGAACAUUACUGAAUCUGCUGAGAGGGAAUUGCUGUGAGAACACAAGAGUCAUGACCGACGGUUUUGGUGCGAUUUCAUGGUGGGGCUUUAGCCCUGCUCUCGAUUUGCAAGAAAAUAACAUCCACAGUAAAUGCGUUUCUUUAUAUUUUUUUUUUUCAGAUGAGUUAUGUAUUUUGUUGGUUGGCAGUGGUGACAGUCGGCAUAUUCUGAAAACAGUGGCUCAGUCCUAUAGACAUGGAGACAGACGACUGCAUUUUUACGUUUUGGAGAACAAUUUGGAAUUAUAUGCCCGACACAUUCUCUUUCUGACUAUUGCCUUAGAACCUCCAUGCAGAAUGGGUCUGCAAGAGAAGACUGAGCUAUUUCUAGAGCUGUUUGGAAACAUUCUUGUGAGGCAGCAGUCAUGUGAAUAUGUCCAGAAAAUGGCAAAUUACUUCAUCAAAAUGGUGACAGACUUUGAUUAUUUAGAGAAGAAACUACCACUGCUUGAUUUAUCUCAGUUGAAGUUUAAAGAACGAGACUUCCUGGAAGGUAUAUUCAAAUUCUGGAGGAACCCAAAUUUCCAGAUUUUUGAGGUGUGGAAGUACUGGGAUGCAAGGCUUCGUCAAUAUUUGAAGACUCGUUAUGACAGCAGACUGAACGCAUUUGACUGGGACUAUCAUAUGAACCUUCUUGAAAGAGGUGGUCAUGUGGAUAUUAUUCACAAGUCAGAGUACAACCAUUGGAGGGAGAAGGGUGUUGCGUUCGAGAUAAGAGAAGGGGCAUACGAUGUUCCUAACAAAACACUAGCUUCAGGGCUGAUCAUUAAGAAGGAUGGAGAGAACUUGGCUAAACGGGGUUACUGGGGAGACAUCCUUGUCAGUCCUUUCAUUGCCCUAGGGGUGGAGACUGAGGAAGUGUCUAUGUAUAAGAAGUAUAACCAGGCCUACGGCAAGACAGCACAAGACAUUGCAGAGUACAACGUAUUGGCCAUGUUUCACGAGUUGGCUACCAGGGAGCACUAUGUCUUACCCAAGAUAGAAGAAACAACUACAUCAGAGUCAGAAAAAGGUGGCCCCAAAUUGACAGAAAUCACAGAAGAGGAUGAAGAAUCUGGUUCCCCUCAGGAAAAAAAAACAGAGACAGAAGAUAGUGCAAUGUGUGAAUCUUCAAAGGCUACUCCUUUGGAUCAGGAAUAUGAGCCUCUGCAGGUGAAUGGUGUCAAGGUCACCUUACUUCCUCUGAACUGUCUACCAGAUAUGCAUAAGAAGAGCAAGUACAAGAAGAAAUUUGACCUGAUGUACUUCUCCAAUAGCAUGGUUCAUCAGUUUGCCCCUGAAGUUGGAGGUUUGUUUAAGGACAAGGGUAUUCUUACCAUGGAGACAGCAAAAUUCAUGUUGGAGUUGAAGCCAGAGCAAGCCAAUCAGUUUUCAGAUAAGAUCACAGGCAUGGCAAAGGCAGCAGGCUGUCAGCCUGCAAAGCCGUGUGACGGAGCUAAAGAUGAUGUUGCUGUGUUCACAUUCCAAAGAGGUACAGCAUCCUGACAUGCCACUGGCCACAAUCAGAUGGAUUCCUCGAUCUGUACAUAUCAUCAAACACCUUUACUGGUUCCUUAAUUGUAUACUUUGUCUUCACAUACAUGCAUCAUUCAUCCAACUCCAAGUCUUCUUCCAUGAAGAACCAUUGAACAAUAUGAAUAAUGGUAUAUUGUUACAACUGUACAAUCUUAUGUCAAAUCAGUUUUCAAGGGGAAAAAAAUGAGAAGAACUGAAAAUUAUAUGACAGAUCAAUGAAAACUGUAUCUGAAACUAUCAUUUAUUUGCUUAUUUAUAUUUCUUGAAAUGGAAUGAUAUGCAUUGAAAAUUUGUUAAUCGCAUUUUAAAUUUUCAAACUGUUUUAGAAUCCAUGUGUUAAUACAGAAGUUGUUCUGAUGUCAUUGUCAUGAAUCAGAAUAAUGAAACCAUUGGGAAAUUUUAAUAAUUUGAUAAAUAUAUUGCCCAUUCUAUUUGUAAACC